AUGCCCAUUUUUCGCAAGGACAGAAAGGCUUCUGCUUCCGCCGGCUCGUCGAUGCCGACAACUCACUCGGGCCCGCUCCUUUCGCCAGAGAUGCACAAAGAAUACAUCUACCCCGAUCCACAGCCCGGCCUCGGAAUCAACCUACCGGCUCACUACAAGAUAAGCGUUGCUGCAACUGGAGCCUCCAGCAGCAAUGGCCAUGGCAAUGGCACGCUGGACAGUCGGUAUGUAGGCGGGAGCGUCGGAGCCGCAGGUGGAUACCCAUCGCCCGCCUUAUCGCAGGGCAGCGCAUUUGACAGCCCGAAUGGCAGCGCCAACGGUGGCAGCGGUACCUUUAGCUCCGCUUCGCUGCGCUCGGCCGGGCAUUAUACUGGUUAUCCCACUAUGCAUGGCGAGUUGGGCGGGGGAGCAGGACCUGCAGGAAUGACAGCAGCAGGAAUGGGAUGUAGGCCAUGGAAGAGCAAGUUGGAGCGCUUGACUGGCGAAGACGUACCUUUGUCUACGCCCAGCGUCAUUAUCUCGCGUGCAACCACUUCAAAUACUACUGCUGGAAGAUCGCAGUCGCAUGCCGACCCUAUCGGCACAUCGUCCAACACUACCGCUUCCGACACGCUGUACAACGACUAUGCCGGUGCAGGGGCGUCGUAUCCAUCGACCCGUAUCGCACAUGCGCAUGCACCUACCGGCUCGCUCAGCUCCGGCUCCGCGGAUGGUUCGACGCUGCAUGGUGGCGUUGGCGGCGGCGCACUGAUGUUCCAAUACCCCGGAACAGCCAUGAGCGGCAACAGCCGGUACUGCUCAAACGGUAUGCCGGUUCACCACCUCUCCUCGGUGCUCGACACGUCCGCUGAGGAGCCCGACUGCCCAGUGUGCCUCGAGCCGCUGUCGCACCGUCUGGCAGGCGAGAAGCCGCACGUCGUACCACAAUGCGGACACGCGCUGCAUAACGCCUGUUUCACGGCCGUGUACGGCAGCCCCGAUUCGGUGCUCGCGGCGCAGAAGCGACAUGCGCUGCUCAGCGCUGCGCAGCACGCCGGCGGCACUCCCGCCACCACCGGAGGAGAGGCAAGGCAGGACUACCAGAUGAGCCAGGCGCCAGGCAUGUGCGGUGUCUGCAGGAGGGCCAUCAUACUCGGCGGUGACAAAAAGCAGAGCGAGAAGCGCGUGGCGAAGGCGACGGGUAUAAUGGGUGCUGGUGGUAUGGGUGACAUGUUCGACUCGACCCAGCAGCGCGAAGACCCGUCUGGCUCUGGUGUGUUAAUGCGCGAUGACAAAAUCGAGCUGCCCCAGCGCCUGUACCACCAUGCUCCUGGCAUAUCCAGCUCACGCGGCAUGGUCGUCCCCGUCAUCCGCGCACGCCCCGAGUACGCCACCAUCUACCGCCGCGACCCGACGGGAACGAACACCAAGCAGAACGUCGUCUGCGUCAUCUCGGUCGAGGUGCCGAGCCGCCGGCCGGUGCCGCUGCCUUCGCCUGCUCCAACAGCGACGGCCGUGGACGGGUAUGGAUAUUUUGCUCAUCAUCAUCAUCAGCAACAGCAGCAGCAGCAGCAUCUUGGCACCAUCCCGGAUGGAGAAGACGAGGAUUACGGGAAUGCACGCGAAAUGGCGUCGGCGGGAGGGUCGAUGUAUAUAUCCGCGCGCCGCGCGCCGAGCACAAGAAGCCGGGCAAACACGAUCGACACGCAGGACUCGGAGCGCGACCGUGACCGCGACCGCGUCCUGACUACCGCGGGCGCUGAUCCGCUGCCGGGUGUGGCCGAGGAAGGGCAGAACCAGCACCACCCGCGGCAGCCCAAGCAGACGCCUUCGCAGAACGGGCAUGCGGCGGAUACAAACGGGAAAGGAGCAGCGUCAGGUGCAGAGGAGGAAGAAGCCGGCUUUUCGUUUGGCGCGACGCCCUCUGCCAACGAAGCGAAGAGCGACCCGUAUCGAGCGGUGACAGUGGACCUGCGGGCGCGCAUCCUGGAUUGGAAAGGUCACACACUCGAGCACUUUGGUCCGCUGCACCUGUACGACACGCUUAAUGUGCGCCAGGACACUAUCGUGCGCGAGUUCUACGUCUACCUCUUCCAGGAGGCGCUGCUCUGUGUCACUGAGGAGCGCAAACGUGGACUCAGCAAGCUCGUCGCCGCCACCGUUGCCGUGACAGGCAAUGAGGACGCCGCCAAGCCGGGGCUGAAGCUCAAGGGCCGCAUCUAUCUGCGCCACAUCAAGCGUGUUAGCGAGAGCUCUGUGGCGGGAGAGGCCAGCCUCAGCAUCAAGAUGGACGAUGACCAUCUCGACCAGUUUGUCCUCUGCUUCAACACCGAGGCGCAGGCGACUGCGUGGAGGCACAAACUCGAUGAACUUGUCGACUUCAUACAAACCCCCGAGAAAGCCCUCUCCGUUCCGCCCAGGCCUGGGCUGCAUCCCACAAUUAGCGAGCAGGCGAAGAGGGUGCCGAGCCCGGGAGCGGCCAACCAAGACGCUCUCAAUCAUGGCGACGCCGCGUCCAUUGGGCACAGUCGCAAGAGCGUAGGCAGCAGCGGCGCUGGCAAGCACACGUCUAUCAUCAGUGGGAGAGCGGGCUCGGCGGGCGAUGCUGCGUCCAUCGCCGAGUCAACAGGCACGCGCAGGAGCAUGCGCAGAGCAACCGUACGGAGCGAUACCAACAACAGCAGCAGCAACAGUUGUCGAUCGAGCGUCGUCACAGGGCCACGGCUACCAAUUGUGCCCCUCCACCAGCAGUGGUCUGCAUCCGGCGGACACGACCCGAGCAAGGAGCCUCCCGAGAUUCUGCCGCAUGCGCCGCUCGACCUCGUCAUCAUGAUCUCCGUCCCGGUUGUCGUCGAGGCGCAGCGCAGCUCGACCGCAUCGAUCAGCUCGUCUGCAGCGCUUAAGCUGCGCCUUAUACGUUCGUCGCUCGAGUUCAUUGUCAACAAUGUCGGGCCGACAGACCGCGUCUCGCUCGUCUCGUACACCGCCGGCCAGGAGGGACAGGUUCGCAAGACGCCGCUGCUCCAGCCGGCAAAGGACGCGAGCCGGCUCUGUCUGCUGCGCUUCAUCGAAGGUAUGGGCACAGCGGGCGACGGUGUAGACGGAAGCAGCGCCGAUCCGUUCGUCGCUGAUCUGUCCGGGCUCGGUGGCGGCUCGGAUCGCGUCGACACCGUCACGGCCAUCAACGUCGGCCUUGACAUUGUCCUGCAACGGACAGUGAAGAAUCCAACAACGGGCAUGGUGCUGGUUAACGAUACCGCCUCCGGUCCAAAGCGCAAUCAGAUGGAUCUCGUCAUGGCUCGUGCAGAGGCCGCCAAUGUCCCGAUUCACUGCUUCGGCUACGGCAAAAACCACGAUCCUUCUUCGCUCUGGCUCAUUUCCAAUCACACGCGAGGGUCCUACACGUACAUUCGCGAGUGGUACCAGCUGAGAGAGUGCCUGGCGGGCUGCAUCGGCUCCCUCAUGUCCGUCGCGCUGACAGAGGUCAAGGUGCACGUCUCCUUGCCCGCCGACAAUCGCUUCUACGUGCGCAAAGUAUCCGGCGUCAUCGGCUCGAUAGUCUCUGCCAACGGCAAAGACGUCGACAUCGAGCUCGGCUACCUUUACUUUGGCGAUGUGCGCGAGAUCUUUGUCGAGCUAUCUGUCGACUUUCACGAGCUUCUCGCAUACGUGGUUCCACAGCGCGUACUAGCAGCUUCAGCUGCUGCUGCUACAAAGAAAGGGAUAGCUUCGAGGAGCGGGAGAACGCUGGAUGGUGCUUCAGCGAUGGAUGACUUUAUGCAACGCCUUGGCAUCCAAACACUGUCGCUCACCGAUGCAGACUCUGUUGGCAACGACAGCGAAGUGAUGGGCAAUUCGAUGGUAGAGGAGGUCGCGGUGCUCGAAGUCGAUGCUGGGUUCAAAGAUCCUGCCACGCUUCAAUCCGUCACACACAUGGUUACCUCGACCGUGCUGACACUCGACGUCGACCCCUUCACGCCUGAUCCGACCGCCGCCACCGAGAACUCAGCAUCCGUUGUCGCGACUCUCGCCGACCCGGUAUCCACUCGACGCCGCAUCGAAGUGAUGGUCAGCGAUCUGAUCACGCGCUCACUCUUGCUCGUCUCGCGUCAGAAUCACUCGCACGCCUCGCGUUUGCUCAUCGAGACUCGUCGCAUUGUUGAGACAGUUCUGGCCUCCAUCCCCGCACCCAAGCAGGAAUCGCAAGCUGCUGCGACGGCCUUCCGCACCGCCCGCGACCACAUAUCGCGAAUGGGGGGGCCGCGCCGCCAGCGCGAGAUGCUGCACGCGCAAACGCUUGAAUCCUUCCAUGCCAUCAUUGACGAUCUUGACACCCUGAUUGACAGCCUAGAGCGCAACAAGUCCGGCUUCGAGCGCGACACGCGGAAUCUGGGUGCUCAGCAGGCGAUCUGCCUGCGUGACCAGCGCGCAUGGACGACACGAACAAACACGGAGUAUCUGAGGUUUGGGACGGACAACGGUAGUGCCUAUGCAGCACUUGCUUACGUGCACAGUCUUCCAUCGAGGUAG